AUACAGUAGGGGUUAAAGAAAACAAGCGGAAGAUGGCGGAAGAAGUGAUAGGAGAGGGAGAGGUAGGAAUAUUUCGGAGCAGAGAGGCGGAGACAGAUUUUAGUUGGGCAGCACGCGCGGGUGACGUGAUAUUAAUUAACACGAACCCUUCGACUCUCUCUCUCCCUCUUCUGUGUUCGCACGUUUACCCUUGGAGGCGUGGAGCCGAGGGUUCAAGUGUCACACGAGGCUCACACAGACGUGCGCGCACACCUUGCGAAGAGCACCGACGAGCGGAAGCUGGAAAGGCUCCUCUGGCGGCAAAACGAUCCGCGACGCGGGAACCUUGUUACAACCUUUACGCCACAAUAAGAAUCGUCCCCGUGGAAACGACGAUCGCGACAAUCGGCGGAGGGCCAAGCAGCCGUGAUAUGUUCCCCUCGUCAGCGGCGAUGCUGAAGAAUCUGCAGCAAAGUGCCAUGACCUCGCCCUUCUUGAUGGAGAACCUGCUCCAGAGCAAGGCGUCGCCGGGAACAGACCUCACCAGUCUGACCUUGAACUGGGCGGCGAGUCUGGUGGCGCGACAGCGCGAGCGAGAAUGCGAGGCGAAUCUCAGACUCGUCCGCGACAGAUCACCGAGCGAUCUCGUUCAGGAUCACUUGGAUCAACGUUCCGGCGGGCGCGAUCGCAUGAUGAUCGAUCAGCAGAGAUCGAGCGGCGGGGGUAGAUCCGCCGGCGAACGGCAGCACCACGACAGGAUGCAGGACAGGAUCCUCCUUCAACGCGAGAAGGAGGUUCUGGAUCGUACCCCGAGACGCGAGAGCGUCUACGUCGACAUGGAGAACGAGAGGAUGGACCCGGUCGUCGAUCGGCUGUGCGCGAUGGAGAGGCUCUGCAACGAGAGGAUCGACAAUCGGUCCAACUCGGGGGUGGAAUCGUGCAACUCGAACGUCGACGAGGAUCCGAUUCCGGGCGCCGAGCUCGACGGCGGUCUUCAAGCGGCCGACAGGCCGGAUGAGAUGCUACUCGGCGAGCGGGUCUCCGCGUGCGAGCUCGACAGACGAUACGACCUUGGAUGCAGAAACGUCAUGCACACGUCCGACGAGAUGACGAUCGUAUCGGGGGAGAGGGACACGACGGGAGUGACGGCAGUGGCGGCGGUCGAGCGUGCCGUCGACAGAAUAGGCGAGAGGACCGCGAACGCCGUCGCCUGUUCCUGCGGCGAGGAGCAGUGCUCCGGCCCGGCGUGCAGGACCAUCCAGGAGAAGGAGAAGCCGCAGCUCAAAUUCAGCGUUAGCGCCAUACUCGGUGGCAAUCACGAUAGGAGGCCGCAUCCCGAUAAUUUUCAAGGACUUCCGCCAGAAGCGAUACCCGCCUUUUUGCAGAAUCUACAAAAUUCGGCGGGUUACAAUAUCGCCAAGCCGAUCGCGAGGCCAGCGGCUUAUCACCCUUAUCACAGGCCGAGUCAUCAACCCCCUCAACGACACUUACCACCGAACGCUCAUCACACGCUGCAACAACUGUUCUACAGAGGCCCAUAUCUGACAGUUGCUGGUUCCGGGAGCGGAACUCAUCAUCCUGGCACACCCGGCGGAGGUGCCGUGUUUCCGGGCGCUAUCCAGGGUACUAUCGGUGAUUUUUCCGGGACCGGUUUGGUUUUUCCAUGGGCGACGAACGCGCGCGGAAAACCUCGUCGAGGGAUGAUGAGGAGGGCCGUCUUCUCGGAUCUUCAGCGUCGCGGACUCGAGAAGAGGUUCCAGAUACAAAAGUACAUCAGCAAGCCGGAUCGCAAGAAGCUUGCCGAGAAACUGGGUCUCAAAGACUCGCAAGUGAAGAUUUGGUUCCAAAAUCGACGCAUGAAGUGGCGAAACAGCAAGGAGCGAGAGCUGCUGGCAACCGGCGGUUCGCGCGAACAGACGUUACCGAACAAGAAUAAUCCCAAUCCGGAUCUGAGCGACGCCGAUGGGGAUAGGCCGAGGAUGGAUCUGAGCGACGUGAGUCCGCUCACGAGUCCUCAAAGGCCCGAGGAACAAACGGAGAACGAAGAGGACGAAGAGAUCAACGUCACGUGAUAAAGCACACCGCUGUACCCAGCAUUCUGAAGUAGCGAUAGCUCAUAAUCAUUUGUGAACCGAGAUUACCGGCUGGACCAAAAGAAAAAUUUUAAAUAAAAUGCAGAUUCGGUAGGCAUUUGACAAAAUUAAAGUAUCUAUAAAUUCAGAGUUUAAAUUUUUCAUUUUUACUAUGUGUAUAUUAUUGCAGUUUCAAUACCGAUUAUAUAUUACCGAGAUGAAAGCAGAUACAUCUCUUCUUAAUCUCUUUUUGAAUCAGUAUUACAGCACGGAUUUAUUUUACGUCGAUAAUUAUGCAAAAUAUUGAUCAAGUUGAAGACAGUUAAUUGUUAAAUUUAAUCGUACAUGUUUUCAGCUGGCCAAUUUUUACGACUAUAUUUGCAGAUGAUUGGAUUAUUGCAGAGUGUUUUAAAUUCCUUGUACGAAAAGAAUGCGACUUUACAUUAAUAUAUUUCGUCUCAUUUAAUUCUUAAAUUUUCAGUGACGAAUCUUCAAUUAUCUCUAAUGGUCAUUGUCUUCAACAUUUUUUUUCAUCUUAUAUUACUUGUGGUUUAUUCUUCGAUAGCAGCAUGUGUUGUUGGUCCUGAGUAAAAGGAUACGACGAAUGAUGUAUUAUAUUGUAAUUAGCGAUGGAUGUACCUUCAAGGAGUCUUCUAUAAGCCAUUGUAUAAGGUUGUAUUAGACGUAACGUUACGAUUCCGGAAAUAUGUACCUAAGUCUCUAUUCAUAGACCGUGAUCGCGCGGCCAAAUCCAAAUGUAAUUACAUUCAUUGUGAUUCAAUAUAAUCUAUGUAAUAUAUUGAAAUAAAACUGUCUAUAUGCUAAGUGAUUUACACUUCUAAUAUCAAUGUAUAAAUGAAA